GUAAUGCUGCCUGAGGAGCGCGAUCUCGAGCCCAUCUCCCACCUGGUGCUCAACUGUUUUCCGGAGGUGAUAGAAGCCUGGCUGUUGCCAGAGGCAUUCGGUGGAGUUGCUUGGGCCUGGAAUGGACUUGUGAAGGCGUGGGAGAGGAGUGUCAUCCGGACAUCGCUGUCUGUGAACUUACAGCGUGUCAUGAGGCGGCCCUCCUUGCGAAAGCCUUGGCGGUUGCAGUUUGAGGGCGACUCCCUAGCACUUCUGCUGGUCGAGCGAGGUGAUGGGCCUGCCAGGCCGGUUGCCUUCUGCGAGCUGUGCAUCUUGCCUCCGAAUGGAAGUCCCCCAGAUGAUUUCGGAGCUGCUGUGUCCAUGAUCUUUGACAACAACCCGAACACAGCGCAACCCUAUCUUCAGAACUUCUGCGUUGCGCCGAACUGGCGCCGCAAGGGUGUGGGACGUGCCAUGCUUCGGAUGAUCGAAAAGGUUGUCGUCGAGGUUUGGCGCGGAAAUCGCCUUUACCUGCAUGCAGCUGGCGGCAAGGCGUCGCUAUGGACAACAGACAGAUCAUGUCACAUGUGUGUCCCUGAACCCUAA